CAUAAUUUAGUUUCUUUACCCACCCAUAACAAAAAAGCAGAUACAACAACAGCAAUUAAGCUAUCAUCCUUCUUCUUCUUCAAAGCUUUUAGAGGGAGAAAAUUAAGAAGGGUAAUAUGGGAAGAGGAAAAGUAGAGUUGAAGAGAAUUGAGAACAACAUUAGCAGACAAGUAACCUUCUCUAAGAGAAGAACUGGCCUCUUGAAGAAAGCUAAGGAACUCUCUAUCCUUUGCGACGCCGAAAUCGCUCUCAUCGUCUUCUCCUCCCGUGGCAAGCUCUAUGAGUUUAGCAGCAUCGAGUGCCUACCGAAAACCCUCGACCGAUACCAACGUUGUGGUAACAAUAUUGAUCUUCAUCACCAUCACCAUCACCAUCACCAAGAUCAUGCCAUGGAGGCUCAGACACAGAGUUGGCUGCAAGAGAUCGCGCACUUGGAGUCGCAAUAUGAAUCUCUGAAGAGAGCCCAAAGGCAUAUGCUGGGAGAGGAACUUGGAACACUGAGCUUAAAAGAGUUGCAAAGUCUUGAGAAGCAACUUGAAGAAGCUCUUGCUCGGACUAGGGCCAGGAAGGCGCAACUGAUGACCGAGCAAAUGGAGGCACUUCGAAGAUCGGAGCGCAAACUUGGAGACUUGAACAAGGAAUUGAAGCUAAGGGUUGGAGAUCAGGGACAUGGUUUUAACAGGCCAAUAUUGGAUUCUAAUGUUUGCAUACCAUUUAUACACCCUUCUCACUCAACCUGUUUCGACUAUGAUCCCGCUGGCUUACAUAUCGGGUCAUACAAACCCGAACCAGUAGUUCUAGAAAUAGGGUAUCCUCCGCAGUAUGCAUCUCAUGAGGAAGAAGGGCCAUCCAAUGGAAGUCAAAGAGCUAGCUUGGGUAGUCACACUACUAACUUCCAUCAGGCAGGCUGGUUGCUUUGAUUAUUAGUAUUAAUUAAUAUUAUUAUUAAUAAUUAUAUAAGUAUAAAAGCUCUACAUGCUUUGUUUGACAAAUUAACUUGUUUAAUUUGGUGUGUUUUAUACGCUAAUUACUAUGGUCUAUGGGAGGAAAUUAAACAUGUGUACCACGUAUUAAGUCUGGUUAAUUACGUACUAUAACAUGUUUCCAAGCACAAGUAUAUAGAUGUGUCUUUUGGGUAUUUUAGUGUUUUGGAGUACUAGUGUACUACAGUGGCUUUCACCUCAUUCUCUGUGGAUAUCUCUUCUUUUGGAAUAUUAUGUCUUCGGAUAAAAGAUGUUGGGUUAUCA